AUGGAGGUCGAGUCGGGUCCAGCCUCCAGUCCACAGGGAAAACAAGCUGCAUGCUUGAACUGCCGGCGGAGCAAGAUUCGCUGCAACCGCCUGGCAGGCGAGCGCAGCUGCGAGAAAUGUAAGCAGACCAGUGCAGAGUGUAUUGUGCCCAACCACCAUCUGGGCCGACAAAAGGGCGUUAAAAAUAAACGCAAGGGUCUGGAGAAAGCGAUACAUCAGAUCGAGCAGGCAAUCAAGCGGCCCAAGGUCGACUCUUCCAGUGACGAUGAUGCCCAAAGGGCUAUAUCAGUCCUACAGGAUCUUCUCGGCCAAGUCCAAGGCCAGUUGAAGCAGAAUGAGCAUGAGCACGAGAAUGGUUUUUCAGAGGCACCGGAUUAUCCGCGCAUGACCUCUCCACGCGAUACUCAUGCGGAGGAGAGCCUUGCUCUUGUCGAUGCAGAAAACCCUCUCCAGCUGCUGGCUAGAGCUUCGGAUCUUCAGCUUUCGCCGACUGGGGUACGGCGUGCGCCAAGGCCUCCAAUGUCAUCGUCAGAGGGUCCAUCCUUCCUUCAGAGCAGCCCGCUAGGAGAACCGAGUGCCAAGUCCUUUUUUGUUCCUACAAGAGCAAAUUUGGAUGUUGGACCUGAAGUUGACCCUGUUGAGCUGGGUUUGGUCACAUUUGAUGAAUCGGAGUCCUUGUUCUCAUUGUCUGUUGAGAUUGUUCUGGCUUUUAUGGUGAACGUACCAUGGAUGUCUCCCGGUGAUAGACUAGGAGACGAUGAUACUUGCUCCUAUAUUGCCAUGGCUCUCACUGUUGCUCUAGAUUUAUCUUUGAACAAGAUUGUCUCGCCCUCAUCAAGCUUUGACCAAGAGCUCAUGAACCGGCUGGCACGAGCAGAGUGUAUCGAUGCCAAGAGGGCUUUACACAUGGAUGGAUUUGAUGAUAUUGAUCCGUCUUCAGAGUGGGGCCUUAGGCUGUUACGAAGACGCGAAAGAGCUUGGAUUGCGUUGUAUGUUGUUGAAAGGGGUGUUUGUCUUGCGCGUGGACGAAGUUAUACGGUCCCUCCAACAACGCUCAUCGAAAACUGCGAUCGUUGGCACAUGUCCAACACUGCAGACCCGCGCGAUGGUCCUAUGAAUUCCAUGGCGGUUCUUCGAAGGGACCUUGAUGGUCUGUUUCAGAAAGUUAAAUCAAGUUGUGAUAGUUAUCACAUCGUCGAUACCGGCUCGGAAGCUGCUCAGUUGAUUAAGAACACUAUUCAAACCUUCUACGAGCAGUGGUAUGCAACAUGGGCCUUGUCAAUUGGGGAAGGAGACACACGCUCUCUACCCCCGUAUGUCGAGAUUCUUGUCACGCAUACUCAGUUGUCCACAUACGGUGGUGUCAUCAAUCACCCAACAGCUCCAAUUGAAGUUAAACGUUUCUUUCGAGCCGCUGGUCUAUCGUCUGCAUUGAACGUUCUGCGAGCCGCCAUACAGGGCGAAUCUCGACUGAAAUCAAUGCCAAACAAUACCGUCAUAAUGAUCUCCUUUGCCGCAUGCUCUGCUCUCAGCCUCAGCGUAACACCUGGCGACAGCAGAUCAAGUCUGGCACCAAGCGUCCGAAAUCUCAUCGAAGAGACCGCCGGUGUCCUAGAGAGAAUCGGAGCAACACCAAGUCAUCGAGGCGGCGGCUCUGUGCUUUACGGGAGAUUCUUGCGUGAGUUGAUCCGGCGUGCACCGGCCUUGCCUUUGCAAUCCCGAGGAAAUCCAGCCAAAGUCGAUCCACCCGAGCCGGUGUUUCCAUCUGCAUAUCUGGAUCAUGGUGCGCUGCCCGCAACACUACCACCCGAGGAUCUCUGGUCUGAGCCAUUGCAAUUCUCUGCCAUGUCUGAUAAUCAGAUUGUCGAUGCAGUCAACCGGGCAGGCACCGCGUUUGGUGCAUCAAUCCCGGAUGUACCUCUUGAUGACAUGCUUAAUUGGGAUUGGCUUGACUUUGCCAACCCAGAUUUCAAUUUUUAG